AUGGGCGUUAGAGAAGCACUUGAGUUUGCUGAAGAGAGCAUUCCGCUGAUAAUCCCAUUGCAGAAAGAUGAAGUCAGACAGUUGUGCGAAGAAAUCUUGGCAAAUAGUGGAGAAAACCCGGAUUUAAUAGCUGGGAAAUUGAUCGAUAUAUUGGGUCAUGAAGAAUCGUCAUUGAUAUUCGCUCUUCAAUUCAAUGAGAAGUUGAAUGAAGGCGACGAGUCGGUGGAGUCGGCGAAGUCAACGAGACCGCGGCAAGCAGAGACACUUGUGAAGCCCGUGAAGUUCGUGAAGCCGCAGCGAACAGCGACUUCCGUGAAAUCUGGCGUCAAUGCCAAAACCGAGCCAUUUAAACAAGAUCUCGUACCCCUAUCUGAUAAAGCUUCCAAAGAGGCGAGGAAAGACGUUCCAGUACGUAAGCUAAUGCCAGGCUUAAAAGGCAUUUCAGACACUACGAAGCCUGUCAAAACCUCAAAAAAACCAUCAAAAACCAAGAAACUUCGAAAUAUUCGUGAAAUUGAUGACGUUCUGGAAAAUCUUGAAGUUGACAUUGCUGAAAGAGACGCUGCCAGCUAUGUUUGCUACUGCCAAGGUAACAGGCAUCCUUUGUUUGAAGUGUGUCCUAAUUGUACAUCCUGUGGGAAAAUCAUUUGCGUUCGAGAGGGUUUGCAUCUGGCCAAUUGUUCGUUUUGCGGGAAAGAGCUUAUUCCGGGUGCAGAGCGAGAAAUGAUUAUCCAAGCCUUAAAGCAUGAAAAGGAUGAACUAAAUAAUCCAGAUAAGACCCUUGAACAGGCCGCCAAACCAACUAAAUUUAAAACUUAUAAGAUCACUUCGGGUGGUGGCAGAAACUUGUUUUCAGACCAAGACAAGUUAUUCAAGAAGAUUGAGCAAGAGGCGCAAAAGAAUAUGGAAAUUCAAAAGGAGCAAGAGGAAAAAGAGCAAGCCCAGCAAAAAGAGCAACGCCUUAAAAGCAGGGCGGAUACUUCAGAUCCUGAAUUGGCUGCGGCUGAAGAACGUUUGCAUAAUUUACUGCAUUUUCAAGACACAUCUGCAGAGAGAACGAAGAUUAUUGACACAGCCAGUGAUUUUAGCAUGGACAAUAACGUGGGUGUUUGGGGCAGUGCAUAUGAUCAAGCAUUGUUGCUUAAAAAACAGCAACGAAAUUUGAGAAAAUGGGAAAAAGCAGAACGAGCACGCGAGGGACAUCGCAAUGGAAUUCGAGUCGAUAUAUCGGUCGACCGAAACGGCAAAGUUCAUAUGGUGGAAAUACCUGCUGAAGAUAGCAAAGGUCGUGCGAUGAGUGACGACGACGCAGAUCAAAUAAGCGAUGAAGAUGACGCUGCAGAUUUGAAAGAGAUCAAGGAUAUCAAGGGCAAACUAUCUUCUGAUCAAAAGAGGGAGCAGACCAAACUUCAGUCCAAAAUCUGGGAUUAUAAGACUGACAAGUAUCAAUUUCAAAAACCAGUUUAUGUGGGCCACGCGGAUGCAGAGGACAAAAACCUGGAAACCCAAACCAAGAACAAGAACGAGCAUUCUCGUAUACAAAUGGAGAAAGGAAACGAUACUUCCCUGGAGCAAAAUAUCUUGGCGGUGUUGUGA